UGCUUCCGGGUUAAAAAAAAGCAUCGAACGCAUUCAGCGCUAUGGCCGACGGAUCUAUCAUCCGCCAGGUCCGCCCAAACGCGGUGUUGAGUAAGGACGCGAGUUUUAAAUUCGUCAAAAAUGUUGAACGUCCGGACGCCUCUAUAUUUUAUAGGUUUAACUAUGUGACCUCGUUCGCCGUCACCGCAGAUGGGGACAUUGUAGUGGCCGAGAGUGCCAGCCAAUGCCUGCCGUUUCUGGACAAAGAUGGCUCCGUCAAGAGGGACGCUGGUGCUUUUAGUUUGUCUUUCAAUCCAGAAGGCGUGGCGGCGCUGACAAACGGCGAGCUGUUGGUGACAGGAGACGAACACAGGAUCUGGGUCCGGGACAAAGAAGGGGAGGAGUUACGUUACAUCGAGGUGACAGGGGCUGAAGAGGCAGAUGAAACUACGAAAGGCCUCACUGUUGACAGUUUGGGACGCAUCAUCGUCACCAUCGGGCACCAGAUUUUCGUCCUCAGUCCCAGCGGCGAAGUCCUGCUGAAGUUCGGGGAAAAGGGUGAAGGUCAGCAGAAUUUGGGCUCCAUUCUCCAACUGGACGUCAACAGCAGUAACCAAAUCAUCGUCAGCGACUACGACAACGGCAACGUGAAGGUAUUUGACCCCGAAGGUCAUCAUCUCUUCACAUGCGAGCUACCACAUGACUCGGAAGCAGGUGAGAGUAACCACCCCACGAGUGUCAUGGCGGACAGCGAGGACAACAUCAUCGUGGUGGACAUAGGCACCGGCAAUGUCUCCAUGUUCAGUCCGGACGGCAAGUUCAUCAGACACGUCCUGACACGGGAGAACAAGGAGCUCUGGUGUCCAAUAGCACUAGCGCUGACGAACGAAGGACAUUUGUUUGUUUCUGACGCCCUCGAUAUCAAGCUUUUCUCUGCAUCUAUUUAAUAGUCAUCCUUUUAUUUAAGGCGUCAAUGUUUCUAAAAUUCUUUAUUUUAAAGUCGUACAUUCAACUGUGUCAGUAAGACGUCAGUUUAUCUGAUAGUUUAACUCAAAUCUCUUGGAAAGAUUAACCUUCAGAUACACAUAGAGGUACACAUUCUUCUAGGAUAAUUUUAUACCUUUACGAGAUUGGCAUUUAUGCUCAUUUGAUAUUUGUUAUUGCUGACAAGUAACUGAGCUAUUGGAAAUCUAUAUUGGAGCUCUAUAUCUACAUCGUUGUUCAGAAUCCAGUACUGUGACCCAAAACGCACGAGUGGCUCCAUAUUAAACUCUUGUUUUGUGGUGAAUUUUCAGUUACUAAAAUAUUGUUGGUGUUUGGAUCACUGCAUAGAGUAUUGCAGCCUGAGGUCUGUCUGUACUUCGGAAUGUAGAACCCUCGUUGACGGAUUGAGCAUGUGGUAUAUUGAUAGGCACACGUAUUCCAUUACAAGAUAGAAAGCUAAUAUUGUACUGCUAGGGCUAGUCCAGCAUCGUUACUGUUUGAUACUUGUAGUAAAGUCACUGUGUAAAUAUUAGCAGUAGUAAUCAGCAUGGUCACAAGAUGAUGAAACUAUUGUAACGGUUUAUCUUCUUGUUAUGCCUAGAGUAGUUGCUGCAGAGAAUAUAUGCAGGCGGCAUAAUUUCCCCCCUUCCCCCAAAAUUUAGCGUGAACCAGCCCCAGUCUGACCUAUCGCUCCUGAUAAUGUAGAGAAGCAGGUCAUACUGUCCGGAAUGACCUCCAGAGAGGGUCAGUGUUGGGGUGCAGAAUAGAAGAGAGAGGGGAGAAAAAUAAAGAACUGAGGACUGC